AGUGAAAAUGAACAUUGUACAGCAAUAAAGCAAAAUAUGUUCAAAACAUAGAAAUAUGUUGAAAAUUUUGGAAAUGCAUAAAAAAAAAAUCAUUGUGUUAACACAGCCUAAAGAUGUCAAAUCUUCAUACAACACCUCACUUGUGAUAAUAGGUCAAAUCAAUUUCGUCUCAUGGAAAUAUUUCUCUAAAAAAAACACCACUGAACUGACUCCAAUCCACUUAUAAGUCUAAUGAGUUCUCCUGGGUGAUCUCCAGCACUAGUAGCCUGAUGAGAUGACCAGAUGCAAUAAUCAAACACCCCAGCUAAAGCCAAAGGACUCAUAGGAAAUGUAAGCUGCAUUAUAGAACCCACAUCAUUGUGCAUUUGCUCAUCAAAAUGGAGCCUAUCCCAUGCAUGCCAAAUCAGCAAGAAGAGGACACCUUUUUGAACUUGGAAAAGAUGGAUUUCUCAUCCAAUUUUGAUAAUAUGGUGGAAAAAGAACAGGAAACACUUGGUACCCCUACUAAAGAUGCAGAAGGUACAGUUCUAAGUAGAAGAGAUGAAGUAUUUGAAGAGGGAACUGACCUAGAACCCCAUGUUUUGCUUUUACAAAAGGUUCUGGGUGAAGAGUUGGCUCAAUAUUUUCUUGACCCUUCCUCUGCAGUUCCAGUAAAUGCUGUACAUCCUUUGCUUCUUGAGAAGUCAGGUCAAAGUGCAAAAGUUUACUGGAGAGUUCUUCGUGAGUCCUCUGAUGCACAACUGCAAGAAAUUACCACUUUACAAGAAACACCAAAGAGCUCAUUCUUUGCCAAAAUUCCUUCUUCAAAAGUUGUAGAUCAGAUUCAAGAAUUCAGAAAAAUGCUGGAGAUAAUGUACAGAGCAUCUAAGAUAAAUCAGGACAAAGCUGCACUUAUCAUGAGCAACAACCCUCUCCCCGACUAUGAUCAAUGGCAAAAGAAUGAGUCACCAAUGGAGUACCUGUACACAGAAGUCAUCCAAACCAAGGGGCAUGCUAACUCAAAAACCAAGAAUCAUUCAGAUCUCCCUUCUUCGGAUCACACAAAUAGUAAGGAAGAUCGUGAACUCAAUGAGCAAGUAACCAAAGCUGGGAAGAAGAACUACAGAUAUAUUACUCAAGAUACUUUUAAGAAAUAUAAAGGGGAAUUUUCUCAACGCUUCAGGGAGUUAAAACACCAAGGCUUGAAAGGCACCAACAAUAUAACUAGAUGCAUCCAAGUGCCCAGUAAAAAUGGUAAUGUCCAUGAGUCAGCUCGUAGCAGCGCCACCAAACAUGCAGCCACUGCUCGCACUUGGGAGUCAUUGACCUAUACAGCGCUGAUGGAUUCCAAACCUUUCUUAACUGUGCCAGGAAAUGGUGAUUUUAGACACGGACAACCAAUAAAAUGGGUUAUUAACAGUGCAAAUUUAGAUUAA